AUGUCUGUUUCACAGGCGCUUGGACAAGGUCUCCCUGCGCAUUGGACACUCGAGGCGCUAGAAAAGCGAGUUCAAGCUCUCUUGGACAGCUACCUGUCAUCGGCAAAGUCUGCGGAUGCGAUCAAGAGCUUCAAGGAUUUUGCAGCGGAAACUCCUGGUUUCUUCGAUGAGGUGGUUGUUUGUGCUCUGCGAACAGCAUUGGGUUGCAAAGAGAAGCAGCGGAAAAUGGUCACAGACCUGCUGGGGCUUUUGUACAAGGAGCAAGUUCUCGACCGUUCUUCCUUGGUUCGGGGCUAUGCCACACUAAUUUGUACCUGGCAGGCGCUGGCAAGCACCAAGGGCGGUGAAUCCUCGGUGUAUCUCGCGGAGAUGCUGCUAACCUGCAUCAGAAGCGGGUACAUUGCGGAAGAAUUUCUAACUAGGUUGCCUGAAGGCUUUCUGACGGCGGUGCUUCGCGAUGAGAGGGCGAAGGACACGAAAGAGCUUGAAAAGGCAAGAGAUCGAUUGCAUCACUUCAAGCAAGGGAUCGAGGAUAAGAAGCUCUUGGAGACACCUCUUCCUCAUAUUGACCAAGCCUUCUCGGUCAUGAAGGAACAGGCGAUGCCUGACUGCCGCCACGAGUUUGUGAAGCGUGGGCUUGCUGCUUCUCUGGACUGGCCUCCUGCCUUGCGCCGAAGGUGCUUGGUGCUGAUGGGCCAGCUCGUAGAGAAGGCUGGCAUCCUCACGAAAGAGGACUUCCAAUGGGGAGUGCUGAAUCUGCUGGGACAACUGGAGGACCUCACGCUGGAUUGUCCAGACGUUGCAAAAAUCGCAGCGGAGCAUCUCCGUGGGCUUUUGGCCAAGGACCUUCUGACGACCAAUUUUGUGCUCAGGUGUAGAAUGCUCCACAUCGGCGGGGAAGCUGGACUCAAAGUUUUGGGUGAUGCGUUGGAGCCUGCUUCCGCAGCACCCGUCAAUCUCAGCAAGGUGGCAAAGGCCAUCGAAGCAAGUCGACAAGAUGCAGAUGCGCCGGGGGAGGAGCCCUCCAAAGAAUCGCCCGAGGAUUCCAAGGAAAAGGAGGAACCCAAGGAGGGCAAGGAUGACAACGACUCUGACGCUAAAGAAGUGAAGCAGAAUGGAAUCUCCAAGGAUGACUCGAAGGAAGAUCCAAAGGCCCACGGUCCUGGUGCCAAUGGCUUGACCGCCAAAGCUGGGGGCGGGCGGCUCUCUGGUGGCAUUUCUCUGCGUCCUGGUGGCGGCUUGAGGCACUGGGAAGGUGUUGGAAGGCCGGGUGGUGGCCUUUCAGGAGGCAUUGGCCUCUCAGGGGGCAUCAAUGGCCUCUCCCUUCGACCUGGUGGAGGAGGAGUUAACCUUAGUGCUCCUGUGCGAGAGUCCACAGCGGGCUCUGGUGGCGGCACCACCGCUUCGUCGGGGUAUCCACAGGAGGCACUUCUUUUGGCAGAUGCCAAAGCGCUGGUGUACGUAAGCUUGGAAAGAGAAUUCGACAAGGACAAGGUGGAUGUGGUAAUUGCUCCGGCAGCUUUGCACCUGGGUCAUGUGAAGUCUCCUUUGGAGGCCUUGGGCAUGCAGGACAUGGAGGUUUGCUAUACCCUGAUUGGUCACUCUGAGCGCCGCAGCAAGUAUGGUGAGACUGAUGAGGACACUGCAACCAAGGUGGAGAAGUGCCAGGCUGCUGGGCUCAAGGUGCUGUUCUGCAUCGGAGAUCUGUUGGAGGAGCGUGAGGCUGGCAAGACGGAUGAGGCAGAGGAGACCUCAGGUGGCCGCGCUUACAUCGAGGCAGCGCUGAGGAGCAUCAAGGAGCUGAUUGCAAAGUCCAACAUCGACGGUUUCCUCGUGGCUUCCUUCAUCUUUCAAGGAGAUCGUCACCGCUGCGCAGGGAUGAGCUUAGGCGAAGAAGCCUCCAGCACCAGCAGCUCCAAAGGAACUUGCUGCAUUGUGCUGUUGCAAUUAGUCUUUGGAGACUCCGUAGCAAUAUGUAGCACUCAUUUGUACAUGUUCUGCUGCUUUGGUUCAGAACUUCCGACCGGUUCCAGAGCGGUCCAGCCACAGAGCAUGACGCCUGAACCGACGAGCAUGACGCCUGAACCGAAGUUCACUGGGGUGGCGGACUCUGAAGCUGAUGUUGAGACUCGGGCAGAGACCACCGACAGCAUCCGCGAGAAAGACAGUGACAUGAAGGAUGCAGAAAUGGGGCUUGAUAUUCCAGCAGAAACUGCAGAGCCAGCACCGACGCGCAUCAUGCUUUUGGUGAUGCUCAGCAUGUUUCAGGGCUACGCAUCAAUGGUUGGCCCUCUUCAGUCAGCAUACAAGCAUGAGCUGGGAGUGAAGCACGGCACAGCCAAUGCCCAUGUUUUUACCCAGGCUGCUGUGGGUGUCCACUACGGCAAGCUGAUUGCCAGACUGGGCCACAAUGUCUUCUUCGCUUGCCUCAGCCCACGGACGAGAGUGAUGAUUGCCAUGGUCUUUAUGUUUGUGGGUGUGUUGAUCCCAUCUCUACUGGUGUUCACCUUGAAGUGGCACUGGGUCUACUCGGUCUUUGUAGCUUACAUGCUAUCAGGCUUAGGGCUUGGCAUCUUCGAAGUGACCUUCCUGAGUGUGAUCACACCCCUUGGAAGGCCCACCAAGUCCUGGGCCAUUGUGGGGGCCCCUGCAGGCUUUGCGACCAUCAACAUCUUGGGGCUCACAUUGAAUUCUUUCAGCAUGCCUGUUGUGUACAUCUACUGGUACAUCGUGGCUUGCUUGCCUUUCGGCUUCUACAUCUUCUGGCAAUUCGCUCCACGUGACAAGACAGAACUGCGGACAGCCAACUUCGGAGCAUCCCUGCGACAGGCAUGCAGCUGGAUGCCCAAAAUGAUACCAUUCUUUGUGGCGCAGUUUCUGAGCCACUUUGCCAUGGAGAACUGGCCUGCCAUUUUCUACAUGUUCCAUCCACCAAAGGUGCCGCUGUUUGACCCCAAGAGCGAUCAGCACCUGAUGGACUGGGGACAGUUCUUUGCCAUCACCUACAUCUUCAUUUUCCUUGGUGACUCCAUCAGUCGCAGGAUUGCGAUCUACAUCUCGACACCUUCAGUGAAGAAGAGGCUGCUCUUUCUCAGUGGUGCAAUGCUCUGCAUCAUCGCAGGUCUCUACUUGGAAUCUUUGGCCAUUGCAAUCCUGAUCCCCAUUGCCAUCUUUUUGAUCUUUUGGGGAAACGGCACCAUCUAUGGCCUUACAGCUCAUCAUGUAGAUAAACACGUGCCUGCAGAGCACAACCUCGCAUCGUACUCUUGCUGGUGCUUCAUUGGCGAUUUGGGCGCCAUCCUUGGGGGGAUCUUGGUGGAGAAUACACAUGACCUGUUCUGCCAGGGCCACAAGGGAGCCAGUGCAGAAUCCCCUUUCAGACGGCUGGGAGUAAAGAGGCAAUCACACGCAUACGAGUAUCAAAGUCUCGAUGACUGGCGCCAAGAUGCUGCGGAGCAUCAAAACGCGAAACAGAAAUCGCAAAAAGGAGACGCAGGCAAAGGAGGCAAAGGAAAAGGCGAUGCUGGUAGAAGGUCGGGUCGAGGAGGCCGGAGGGACGAUGAGGACGACGAGAUUGAGGAACAACUUAAAGUCUCCGAAAACUCUUGGGCUGCUCAGCAAGCCAAGAGACAGGAUAGGAUCCGAACAGCCAGUGAGGUGACAACAGGUGAAGAGGAGCAAGACAAGGAGAUUGCUCGGAGAAUGAAGGGCAUCCUCAACAAGCUCACUCUUGAAAAGUUUGAUGAUUUGACCAGGCAGCUUUGUGAGUGUGGCAUCUCAAAAGAGGCGCACCUCAAGUUGCUUGGCACAAAGAGACAGCCGGCUGGCCUGGCCUUGAGGAUCCUGAUGACAGAAGUCUUUGAAAAGGCGACGACCCAACAUCAUUUUGUUGAGAUGUACACAAGUCUCUGUGUGCACUUCAACGACUGGUGCUCCGAGCACCUGAAGGUCGGGAAGUUCAAGCCUGUCCUCCUUCAGCAGUGUCAGGAAUCCUUUGAAGCCAACCUGAAAGAUCCGCCAAAGGAAAUGUCUCCAAAGAAAAAGGCCAGUGCCAGCAGGGAAGAAUUGGAAGAGUACGAAGAGAAGAGACAAAGAUAUCGCCUGCGAGCUGGGAACUCAUUGGAAGGAAUUUGA